CAGAAACUCCUCUUGCAUAUCCUUACGCUAAAGAAAUAUCUGGCAGAAUCUGGCUUCAAUAUCUCCAGCAGCUGUAGCAGCAGCAUUGCUACUGAGCAAUGGAGAAUAUAUCCAUCAUCAGUUUUUACAGUGCCACCAUGCUUGCAGCACUGAUCCUGGGCGAGUAUUCCGAAGCAAUGCUUGUGGAUUUUAAUCAAUCCAAGAAUAAGACCCCAAAGAUUGUCAUUGUUGGAGCUGGAAUAUCUGGAGUGGGAGCGGCUAGAAAGCUGCUAAAACAAGGAUUAACUGAUGUGCAAAUAAUUGAGGCAUCAAGCCAGCCUGGAGGACGGAUCAGAGGUUCUCUGUUUGGCAAAUCGGUGGUGGAUGAAGGAGCUCAGUACAUUCAUGGGGCGAGCAUGAAGAAUCCCAUUUUUCAACUGGCCAAAGAGUAUGGCCUUCUUCAGGAAGUAUACAACAAGUCUGAUGGUAAAUGGUCAGUGCUCACCAACACUCAGAAACAAUUCGAUGAUGACUUUGUUAAGGAAAUGGAGAACCUAACUAAUUUUCUGUGGGAGCAAACAACCCUUCGUUCUCAAGGAAGGGAAUACGCAGAACUUAGAAGCAUUGGUCAGGUCUAUCUGGAGGAAAUAAAGAAGGUCCUCUCAAACUGGACUGACGACUCUCCCAAAUUCAGGAGGCAAAAGCUUGGUUUCCUCAAUAUGAUGAAGAAAAAUCUAUGCCUAUAUUUUUCAUCGCAAAACCUAAAUGAUGUGUCUCUGCAGGAAUUUAGUGAAUAUGAAGAUAUUAAUGGUGGUGACCUCAACUCUCCACGAUUAUUCCUCAAAUUAAUCUCUAAUCUGGUAGAAGAGAUCCCAAGGGAGAAGCUGCUUCUGCAAAAGCCUGUUAAACAUAUCCAGUGGAAUGGAAGUUUUGAAUCGGAAACUGGCAAACUCUAUCCAGUCAGGGUAGUGUGUGAAGAUGGGGAUCACAUUCUAGCUGAUCAUGUCAUUGUGACUGUUUCAUUGGGUUAUCUGAAAGAAGCAGCAGAGGCAUUGUUCCAGCCAAGCCUCCCAGCGGACAAGUUGCAUGCAAUCAGAAACAUGGGCUUUGGUACAACAAACAAGAUUUACCUGGAGUAUGAGGUGCCCUUUUGGAACAGUUCAGAACACUGGAUUGAAUUGGUUUGGGAGGACGAAACUCCAUUUUCUGGUUUGAAACCAAAUCUAGCUGAGUGGUGGAGACGCAUUUUUGCUCUUGAUGUGCUUCAUCCAGUAGAAAGAUAUGGACAUAUCCUUUUGGGAUGGAGCUCAGGGAGAGAAGCAGAGUUUAUAGAAACACUCAGUGAAGAGGACCUAGUAUCAAACAUUACCAGAAUCCUAAGACAAUUCACUGGAAGACCCGUGCCACAGCCUAAAAAUGCUUUUGUGACAAAAUGGUUCAGUAACCCUUACACUCGGGGCUCCUACUCCCAUAUAUCCAUCAAUUCAACUGGAGACAUGAUUGACACACUGGCUGAGCCUCUACCGCAGGAAGGCGAUGAUGGACAUCUGAGUGAAAUGAUGCAGGUUUUAUUUGCUGGUGAAGCAACUCAUCGGACCUACCACAGCACCACCCAUGGAGCACUGCUGUCGGGCUGGAGAGAGGCUGAUCGACUGAUUAAUCUCUACUCCACCAGUGAGGAACAACAUCAAACAAAUAACAUGAAUUCCAAGAAGAAAAUUCCAAAGGUGGUCAUUAUUGGAGCUGGAAUAGCUGGUGUGGCAGCUGCUGGGAAAUUAUUGCAACACGGAUUCAAUGAUGUACAGAUUAUUGAGGCAUCAAGUCGGCCUGGAGGACGGAUCAGAAGCUACCCAUUUGGUAAAUCACUGGUAGAUGAAGGAGCCCAGUAUAUUCAUGGGGCGAGCAUGAAGAACCCCAUUUUUCAAUUGGCCAAAGAGUAUGGUUUCCUCCAGGAAGUAUACAAUAAGUCAGGCACAGAGUGGUCACUGCUCACCAACACUCAGAAACAGCUUGACCCUGACUUCGCUGAGGAAAUGAGAAAUCUAGCGAGCAGUAUUCUGAGGCAUGCUCAUUGCCUUGCUGAAGAAAAAGGGUACACACAAGCUAAAAGCCUUGCUGAUGUCUACUUAGAGGAAAUAAAGACCUUACUUGAACAAUGGAGUGAUGAGCAUGUUGAGCUGAGGAGACAGAGGUUGGCUUUGCUGAGCAUGUCAAUGAAAUGGCAAUGUAUCCAUCUUGCAACAAACAGCCUGGGAGAUGUGUCUGUUCUUGAAUAUGGAGAAUAUAAGAGCAUUGAAGGUGAUGACCGAAAUUCUCCGGGACUAUUCCCCCGCCUCUUGCAGAAAUUGCUGGAGGUUAUCCCGAAAGAGAAACUGUUGCUGGAGAGGCCGGUUAAACAGAUCCAGUGGGAUGGAAACUUUGAAUUGGAGGACACCUCACAGUAUCCAGUUAGAGUGGUGUGCAAAGAUGGAACGCAUAUUCUCGCUGAUCACGUCAUCAUAACCAUUUCACUGGGUUGUCUAAAGGCAAAUAGUCAGUCAUUGUUUCAGCCAAGCCUUCCUGAAAAUUAUCAGCAUGCUAUUCAAGCCAUGGGCUUUGGCACAAUGAAUAAGAUUUACCUGGAGUAUGAGGCCCCAUUUUGGGAUGAAAAUACAGACAUAAUUGGAUUGGUCUGGGAGGAUGAGACCCCAUUGUCGGCCCAGAAACCCAACCUGGUUGAGUGGUGGAGAUGUGUUCCAGUCGUUUAUGUGUUCAGGCCACCAGAAAGGUACGGUCAUGUCCUUGUGGGAACAAUCACCGGGAAAGAAGCUGAGUUUGUAGAGUCUCUGAGUCCAGAGGAAAUAGCAUCGAACUUCACCAAACUUUUCAGACAGUUUACUGGGAGACCUUCGCUGCCUGCACCAAAAAAUGUUUUUGUGACAAAAUGGUCCAGUAACCCUUACACUCGGGGCUCCUACUCCCAUAUAUCCAUCAACUCAACUGGAGACAUGAUCGACACACUGGCUGAACCCCUACCACAGGCAAAAGAGGGAAUUCCUUCUCCGAUGAUGCAGAUUUUAUUUGCUGGUGAAGCAACUCAUCGGAGCUCCCACAGCACCACCCAUGGAGCACUGCUGUCGGGCUGGAGAGAGGCUGAUCGACUGAUUAAUCACUACUCCACCAAAUGAAUUUCUAAAAUGAAAGCAGAACUGAAAUUUGGAAUACUUACUCCUUUUCCAGUUCUUUGAUUGCUGUCAUUUUCUCAAACAAACCCCUUUAAUAGCAAAAUAGUCAAUUGUACAUGCGAUAAUCGAUCUUUUAGCAAAACUGCUAAUUUUUAACUUCUAAAAUAUUUUCAUCAGAACAUUAUUUUAGACUAAACCAUAUCAAAUAUGUCAAUCUCAUUUGUAUGUGGUUGUUCCGGUGAACUUAGUGAUAAUAAACCAAAGGCUGGAAUUUGACCAUCAUAGUUCAGACUGAUUUUGGUUAAAAAAAACUUUUAUUCAAAGCGUGAUGAAUGUUGUGAACAAUCUUUUAAAUGAGUUACAGAAAGGACCAAAAAGACAGAUUAACUGCAAAUAUCAUGUUCUGGUGGAGAAGUUAGGAGUUUUGAAAAAUCAGCUGUUGUAAAUCCAGUGCUUUUUCUUGUCUCUCUCAGUACAUCCUUCUUCUUGCUUACAUCCAUUUAUGCAGAGAAUUGACUUAGCUCUCCCUUGGUUCUCUCUAAUAUAUCAAAUAUCUGUAUGCGUAAGUGAGGUAGUGUGCAUAACAUUAUAUGAGCAACUGAUUGCAAUAGAGUAACAUUAUGUGAUAGUCUAUUUACCUAAUAUUUGAAGUUACAAAAGCAUUUCAUUAAGAAAUUAAAAUAUUUGUUGCAGGCUGCCUAAGCUAAAUAUAAUCAAAUUGACCAAAUAUUUUAAAUAUUGUUCUGCAUUGAAUUGGAAAUAACAGAAUUCCUCUGCUGAGAUUCUGAUGUGUGUGCAGUGAAUAUGACUGCAUACAUAAACAGUCUAAGGAAAGAACUGUUAGCUUUGACAGAAAACCUGAAGACAUCAUUCCAUCUGACCACACUAGCACAACAGCUAAUGUGCCUCUCGCGUUCCCUUCAAUACACUCCACUCUCACCAUAAAAAACAAAAGAACUGCUGAUGCUGUAAAUCAGGAGCAAAAACAAACUUGCUAGAAAAGCUCAGCAUUAAUGUUAAGAGAUAACACAGUGUGAAGCUGGAUGAGCACAGCAGGCCAAGCAGCAUCAGAGGCGCAGGAAAGCUGUCGUUUUGGGUUGAGACCCUUCUUCAGACCCUGCUCCUCUGAUGCUGCUUGGCCUGCUGUGUUCAUCCAGCUUCACACCUUGUUAUCUCAGAUCCUCCAGCAUCAGCAGUUCCUACUAUCUCCGCAUUAAUGUUAACUUUAUUUUCUCCUUCACAGAUGCUGCCAGACCUGCUGACCCUUUCCAGCAACUUUGAUUUUGUUCCACUCUCGCCAUACCUCUCCACUUCCUCAAGGUUUUAGGCAUGGUUUCUGAGAAAAAUUCUGACCAUGGCUUUUAAUCUUUUUAAAGAUAAAGAAAGUUGCUGUUUCACUCAUGUACCUCCAAGACGUAUCUAGUCUUAAUCCUGUGGUGAAUGUUAUCCAGAAUUUAUAUUGGUUUGAACAGCAACUUCUUAUACCAAAUUGGUUAUUGGUUGUAGAGACAGCAAGUGUAAAAUUGCUGCCUGAGGUCUGAAAAUUUAAUUUAAGAAUUUGAUUAGUGUUAACUGAAGAAAUAUAAAAUAAAACUUUAUAGUUUCCCAAAUAUGUUCCCUCAAUUCAGUCUACCCUCUGAACUCUGCUUUCUUACUCACUUAGUACCAUCAUUAAACUGCCUAUAUGGUAACAAUGUUAAUUGCCACUUAUCAGCCCAAGCCUGAUGUUGUCCAGGUCUUUCUGGUUUUUA